AGUGUUUUUCUACUAUACUAACCAACACCAUUGACCCUGCCAAAUGCAAACUGACCUACAUAGCUAGCUGACCGAGUUGUGAGAGCCAGCUGCGAGAUCACUGACCCUGUCUCAUACUUUUCAGAGGGCCUAAUUUCAAUCUGCCUCAUAUUAUAUAAACGGCAUUAAUUGGACAGGUUAAACAGUUUUCAAAACCACAUAGGGCCUAGCAAAAGAGAGUCAAAAUGCCGGGUUCGAAGCCUUUUGAACGUCUCCCAACGUCCGUCAUUCCAGUGAAUUACAAGAUUCAGCUUCAACCAGAUUUGGAAAAGUUCACCUUCGCUGGCAAAGAGACCAUUUCAGUCCAGGUCAAAUCUGAUGUUGAUACAGUGGUUGUGAACUGUUUGGAUAUCGAGAUUCAAAAAGCUGUCUACACUUCUAAUGGGCAAGAGGUAAGCUCAGCAUCCAUCGAUUACAGCAAAGAAAAUGAAACAGCUACCAUUAAAUUCCCAUCAAACAUUGCUGUGGGCAGUGGUGACCUGGCUCUAGAAUUCACAGGAGAGCUCAAUGACAAGAUGAAAGGUUUCUACCGAAGCAAGUACACCACACCAGCAGGGGAAGAAAGAUACUGCGCUGUUACUCAGUUUGAAUCAACUGAUGCACGCAGAGCAUUUCCUUGCUGGGAUGAGCCUGCAGUGAAGGCAACCUUUGAUAUCACAUUAGUGGCAUCCAAAGACAGAGUAGUGCUUUCAAACAUGAAUUCCAUCAGUGACCAACCAAGCCCUGACGACCCAAGUCUAAAGGUGGUGACCUUUGCCACUUCUCCAAUCAUGUCAACUUACCUGCUUGCGUUUGUUGUAGGGGAGUUUGACUUUGUAGAGGGAAGGUCCGCCGAUGGGGUUGAUGUUCGAGUUUUUACACCCCUUGGAAAGGAGGAUCAGGGUCGGUUUGCUUUGGAAGUUUCUCUGAAGACCCUACCAUUCUACAAAGAUUACUUCAGCGUUGCUUACCCACUACCAAAGAUUGAUCUCAUAGCCAUUCCUGAUUUUGCAGCUGGAGCAAUGGAGAACUGGGGCCUUGUCACAUACAGAGAGACCGCCUUGCUAGUUGACCCUGAAAAUUCAUCUGCGAAGGCAAAACAAUGGGUUGCUAUCGUUGUCGGUCAUGAAUUGGCUCAUCAGUGGUUUGGAAACCUGGUUACCAUGGAAUGGUGGACACAUCUGUGGCUCAAUGAAGGUUUUGCAUCAUGGAUAGAGUACCUGUGCGUGGAUCAUUGCUUCCCAGAGUAUGAUAUCUGGACCCAGUUCAUCACCAAUGAUUAUACCAGGGCUCUUGAGUUGGAUGCCCUCAAGAAUAGCCAUCCUAUUGAGGUACCUGUUGGCCAUCCGGAUGAAGUAGAUGAGAUCUUCGAUCUGAUAUCGUACUGCAAAGGGGCUUCUGUCAUUAGGAUGUUGCAUGAUUUCAUUGGAGACGAUACAUUCCGUAAAGGUAUGAAUGUAUACCUAGAGAGGCACAAGUACAAGAAUACAUUCACAGAAGACCUUUGGCAGGCUCUUGGGGAAGCCAGUGGUAAGCCAAUAGAAGACAUCAUGGGCACCUGGACCAAACAGAUGGGUUUCCCAGUCCUGAAGGUGACCAGAGAGCAGCAAGGAGAUAAACAGGUCCUCAGCAUCUCACAGGAGAAGUUUUGCGCAGAUGGCCAAAAGCAAGAAGGAGACUUCAAGUGGAUGGUUCCUAUCAGCAUUGCUACUUCAAGUCAGCCUACCAAGACAAUUGAGAAAGUUGUUCUUGAUAAGGAAUCUACCACCGUCACAGUGGUAGCUGACAAGAGCGAAGGAAUCAAGUUAAACCCAGGAACAGUUGGGUUCUACCGUGUCCAGUACUCUAGUGAGAUGUUAGAAGCACUUCUGCCUGGAAUCCGAAACCAGGUCCUUCCAGCCAGGGACAGACUAGGAUUAGAGUCGGAUCUAUUUGCUCUGGCUAAAACUGGGCAAGCAAGUACUGUGGAUGUCCUGAAGCUCUUUGAGGCCUUUGAGAACGAGACUGACUAUACCGUAUGGACAGAGCUAGCAACUAACCUUGGUGCCAUUGGGGUCUUACUAUCCAGCACGGAUCACCUUGAUCAUCUGAAGGCCUUUGCCAAACAGCUCUUUAGCAAGGUCCAUGCGAGGCUUGGAUGGGAUCCAGUGGAAAAUGAAAAUCACCUGGAUGCCUUGUUGAGAGCUCUUGUGAUCAGGGUGAUGGGACGAAACGGACACGAAGCUACAGUCGAGGAAGCCCGUAAGCGCUUCGCUGCACAUUGCUCAGGAGGUGCACAGCUCCCGGCUGACCUCAGAAACUCAGUCUACCUGACGGUGUUGGCUCAUGGUGAUGAAGACACUCUCAAUAAGAUGAUUGAGUUCUUCAAAGCACAAGACCUCCAAGAAGAGAAAGAUCGCAUCCAAAGAUCUCUUGGUGCAAUCAAAGAUCCAGCUCUCAUCAAGAGAGUGUUGGAGUUCUCCAUGGGGGAGCACGUACGAUCACAAGACACCGUGUUUGUGAUCAGCGGAGUGACCGGUACAAAGACGGGGCGGGAGCUGGCAUGGCAGUUCCUGCAGGAUAGAUGGUCGGAGCUCCAUGAAAGAUUCUCUGGUGGUUUCCUUCUAGCGAGACUUGUACAGUCCUGCACCGAGGGUUUCACUACGGAAGAGAGGGCCGUGGAGGUCCAAGCCUUCUUUGAAGCCCACCCUGCCCCUGCGGCUGAAAGAACCGUCCAGCAGUCCCUAGAGAACAUCCGACUCAAGGCCAAAUGGUUAGCCAGGGAUGGAGACAGCAUCGGUCAGUGGCUUAGGAAUAAGGUCUCGCCCUAAAAGCAACCAACACUUACCCUUCUUUCUUUCUCUUAUCAUUCUUGUCCGAGACCUAUGUACUCAUUGUAAUCUUAUGUGUAACUUUUUCUUUGAGAGUGCAGUUAAAACAAAUAAGUGUUAAAGGGGAAGUUCAGCCUGCCAUCAAGAUGAUUUUAACAAAUGUAGAACAAUGAUAUUAACAUACAAUUAAAGGUUUGAAAAAUAAAAUCUCUUAGAGAAUAAUAUUCUAGGUUUGAUGACACAUUCAAGCAGGUCACCCAUUUUUCAUAAAUAUAUAUAUUCCAUACAUUCCCAUAUUUUACUGGUUUAUGAUGACUGAAGAAAGUUUGAAAUAUUGUCUCUGAUGAUAUAACCUUAAAGUAAUGUUUUAUUGAAUAAAUGUUAAAUGAUAUAUUAGGGUAUGUUUGCAUAUGACAUAGAAUUCAAUUCUAAAUAUUUAAAACUGCAUUACCCAAAGGAGUAUGUUGCCAAACCCUCAAUAUGUCUAUCAUUUCCAUUUCUUCUGCUUUUAUUGAAACCAUAUUGAGUGGCGGGUGAACAUUUUGGAAUCGGAAAAUGCAAAUGCAUGGGGCAGUUUGCAAAUCAUCUGUACCACAUGUUGAAUUUGGCU